UUCAGACGACUAAAAAUCACAAUCUGACCGCCGCAAUGAACGCGACGGUGGUGCCACAUGACUCCGGCCACUGGCUAACAACCACCGAUAGGAUGGGCGGAUUAGCUUACGGUAUCGGAGUCUCCAUUGGUAUACUAAUGCUGAUUACCACAAUCACCCUCACUUCUUAUUAUUGCACUCGAAGCCAUAUCUCAGCUUCUCCCACGACAACUCCAAGGACAAGACGCCUGCAAAGAGAGGCCAACGCACCUGGCCAAGAACGGUUCUACUUAGAAAACGACACCGUCGUGGUCGAAGUCUCGGGGCUAAACGAUGAGGUGAUCAAGAGUUUUCCUAUGCUUCUUUACGAAGAGGCUCGUGUGAUCUAUGGCUUGCAAAGGGAACCGAGUACGACGUCGUGUUGUUCUAUAUGUCUUGCGGAUUACAAGAAGACGGACAUGAUCAGGGUUUUGCCCGAUUGUAACCACUUGUUCCACGACAAGUGCGUCGACCCUUGGCUUAGGCUUCAUCCCACGUGUCCCGUUUGCCGUACGUCUCCGUUACCGUCGCCGGCGAUAACACCUGGUGCUGACGUUGUUCCCUUUUCCCGCCGGCCAAUGAUGGAUAUUUGA